CAAAGACGGGCGGCUUAGGAGACAAUGCCUUCGCUCAAGAUGUCCAAGUGAUUGAUGCAACUACAUUUGAAAGAAGUCGAAAAUAUGAAAUAUAUAAAAUAUAAUGCUAUAUAUCUAAUAUUUUUAUUCAGUUUUUUUUCUAUAAAGUCUAGUAAGUUUACCUCUUUAUUUGUUGAAAACCAAUCCAAUCUUCUAGUUCGAAAGUAAUUAGAAAAAUAUGGCAUAUGUUGGAAUACUUCGGCCGGUGAUCCCGGGUCCUUUCAAGGCGAACAGAUCGAUUAUUCAACCUCAACCAGGUCCUGGAGGGCGGAUGAAUACACCUCAGCACAUAGCGACGGGAGGGCCAGUGGUUCAGCCUGACGUUGAUGAGCCCCUCACAGAAUUCGGGGACUAUGAGCAAAUCAUAUACAGCCGAGAAGUAGACAAGGAUCCCUAUCGUUCUCACUUUUCCGGAUUUAACGCCCCAGCCAGUCGUGGUUCUAUAGGCGGCGGACUCGGAGGGUUUAGCUCUGGCGGUUCCGGCAAUGGUGGUUUUGGUCAUGGUGGCCCUAGCGGUUCUGGUUCAUUCAGCGGUCCUAGUGGUGGUAGUGGGCCAGGUAAUAUCAACCCGAAUAACUUCAUCGAUGACGAUAACCCCCCUCUUCCUCCAGGCCCAAAUCGUAUAACGGUUGGUCUUGAAAUUGAGUUUGCGCUCGCUGUAACAAGACGCUUCCAAGGCUUACAGGAUCCCCAUCCGAAUGAUGGGCGGUGGCAGAGUGUGAACCUCGUAAACGAAAAAGACAAUAAUCCGCUUUUCCGCCUUUCACUCCGUAAUUUGGUAAUAGACACGUUAAGACGAAACGGAGUGGUAGCAAAUAAGACACAGGAAGACGAAUUCGAUAUUUUCGAUGACCAAAGUUGGCUAUUUGACCUCAACGACGGUCCUGAAUGCCCAAAUUUAACGAUCCUUAACUAUUGGCAACCAUAUUACGAAUGGGACCAGCGGAAAAGUCUGCAAGAUAACUGCGUUUCGGCCGCUCAGGUGAUGAGCGCCCAGUUCAUUAAAUUCCACAACGAUAAUAGUCUCGAAUUUCAUAGAACGAGGGACGAAACCUUAGAAGAAUUUGCAGAUAAGAAACUUCCACUCUUCAUAGAGGGUCUAGCUUACCAAGAACAUCCUGAUAUUGGGAAGAUUAACGAGGAGAUAGCACGUCUCUGGCUGGAGAUUCUUGAGAAUGAACGAAAGCGAUUUGAAGAGAGUGAAGGGAAGUUCGUUGACAGUAAUUGUGUCCAGAUUCCUGGGGCAGAUCCGAAGUAUUAUGCGUGGACAUGUUCCGUCGAUGAAAGCAUAGCAAUAGACUCGGUAAUUCCGCGGCACUAUGUAAUCCCAAAUGACUCGCUUCUACCUCCAGCCGAUCCCAAUUUUCGGCUUAUACCACUGCCGCCGGGACUAUACAAAUGGUGGCCAGGAGAAUUAAAAUCACCUAUAUACGACUACGACAAUCCAGCGACUUUAGAAACUAUCCGCAAAGCAUGUGCCGCUCUUCGAAAUACUUACCGGAUUCAUAAACCAAUGUCAGCUUUUGGUACAGGAUUACACGUCCAUUUUGGACAGGAAAGAGGUUGGACACUUUUACAGCUUAAGAAGUUUACAACGCUUUGGUUGCUCCUGGAGCAAUCCCUCGAGAAGCUACACCGAAAAGAUCGCUCGCAUUACAAUGCAUUCGCCUGUCCAUUAAGGAGUAGAUGCCCAAUUAGUCACGCACUCUUUGGGAACGGUCAAAUGGCAAUUCAAAAUAGACAACGCCUCCCAGAUACGAGAAACAGAAACCCGCAGCGAUCAUAUGAGUACAAGCAACUCAUGAACAUGCAUGUGCCUUUUGACCUCCCAGCGAGCAAUGACUUUACCCAGGCGGUACGAGAAAUCAUUGCCGAGGUUUGGCAGUACGAUACCAUCUCUGGUUUGAACGAUGGGAUGACCAGUUAUAGGGACUACGGAUACGUUAUGUAUCGUCUCAGGGGCCACAAGAUCACGACGGGUGCUGACAAUGCUAUGCAGACACUUGAGGUGAGGCUUAUGCAGGGUACAUUUGACGCUGACCACAUCUGGAGGUGGAUGAGUAUCUGUCAGGGCAUGAUUAGAUUUUCUAGGGACUCAACCCCCCAACAAUUCAACAAUGGACUGCGGCAUAUGCUCUUAUCUACGGAACAUCCUGGACGUGUCAUGAAUAUACCAGUAGACUAUUUCAACUGGUUUAACAACCACAAGGAUGCUAAUGGAUACUUCAGAUACCCUGAUGAUGACGUAGUAAACUGGGCUGAUCCUUUCAUGGUCCCCGGAUAUGCCGAUGUGUACACCGGCCUCAGUAGCCUAUAA